AUGCCCAGUUGGGGCAAAUGCUGGAAUUCUUCUGUGAAUGGCUAUUUAGCGCUUACGGAGCACCGGAUGUCUCUUCAAGAGAAGAGACAUGUGCCCCUUCACGUGCAGCUGAGGAACAAGGUAUGUGACCUGAUUGCAUCGUUGAAGUCGUGUGGCAGGUCGCGAGAUUUGGAGGGAGGGCGACGACUUCACCGGCAAGCAGCUGAUUGCGGGCUGGAGCACAACAUGUACGUUGCGAGCAGCCUGGUAGAUAUGUACGCCAAAUGCGGUAGCAUGGCAGACGCUCGCAGCGUCUUCGACGGGAUGCCCCGGCCUCCUGACUUGGUGCUGUGGAAUGCACUUCUGUGGGGAUAUGCUACCAAUGGCGAGGGAGAGAUGGUUUUGCUGCUUCUUAAGGUAAUGCACGUAAAGCACCACUGCUGCCCCCUGCCAGAUGCCCAAACCUUCACUGCGGGUCUCAAGGCGUGUGCCUCUCUGGCGAAUCAAGAAGAGGACUCUCAGCUAGGGGCUGUGAAGAUGGUGUCACUAGAAAAGGCGAUGUUUAUUUCCUCUCGAGCUUCCAGAAUAUGCAAGGACGAUGACAGGCUCCUAGCCAACACACUCAUCAGCGUCUAUGGCAAGUGUGGGAGCCCAGUCGACUCCCACAUGGUGUUUGAUAGGUUGCUGCGGCCAGAUGCUGUGUCAUGGACCGCGCUCAUUCUCAGCUAUGCUGACAACGGGGAUGGCCAAUCCGCCCUCACACUCUUCCAACACAUGCAAACAGAUCGGAGCUAUCCACCACCAAACGGGCGCACCUUUGUUGCUGUGCUCAAAUCGUGUGCCAAUUGCCUGGCAGCAAACGAGGAGGUGACGUUAAUCGAUGGUAAGCUCGUCAAGCUUGCGGCUCUGGAGGUAGGCAUGGCUGUUCAUGCCCAGCUGCUGCUCGUCAUAAGCUCCAAGCCCGACAGGUACGUGGUGAGCUCACUCAUGGAUAUGUACGUCAAAUGUGGGAGCUUUGCCGAUGCCUGUCUAGUGUUUGACGCUGCCUGGUCUAGACGUAACGUUGAUCUCGUGUCAUGGACCGUGCUGGUGCUGGGCUAUGCUGGUGAAGGCAAGGCAGAGGCAGCUCUCGAGUGUUUUGAGCUCAUGACGCGAUGUGCAGGCUGUGAUUCCAUGGCUUUUGCUGCUGCGUUGAGAGCUUGCGCCAAUGUGGCAGCAGCAACCAUCGAGCCAGCAGGCAAGUUACGGGGCCUAGAAAAUGGGAUGGCUCUCCAUGCUCACGCAAGAGAGAGGGGCUGCGAGGAAGACAAGGUUGUAGCCAACGCUCUUGUGGAUAUGUAUGCCAAGUGCUGGAGUAUGGUCGAUGCUCAAAUGGUCUUUGACAGGAUGCGGCAACCUGAUCUCAACGCUUGGACUUCACUCAUUUUGGGCUAUGUUGACAAUGGCAUGGCUGACUUGGCGCUGGAAUCGUUUGCGUCCAUGACUGCCACCUUAGAUGCGGGGCUUGCAACUUAUACAGCUGCAUUCAAGGCUUGUAGCAGUUUGGCAGCGGCCAAAGUGAAUUCGAGGGGUUGUCAGCGCCUAGCAAUUCUGGAGAAAGGCAUGGCGCUCCACGCUCAUGCUGCCAGCCGCCACACCCUUGCUUAUCACACAGUCGUCUCCAACAGCCUUGUCGACAUGUACGCCAAGUGUGGCAGCGCUGACGAUGCAAGCCGAGUGUUUUCCACAAUGCUGCAACCGGACGUGGUGUCAUGCAAUGCACUCAUGUCGGGAGCUGCAAUGCCUCGGGUUGCUCUGCACUUCUUCGAGCUCAUGCUACAGAAACAAUUAGAUGGCUGUCAGCCAGAUGCGUGGACGUUUGCCGCUGCUUUCAAGGCGCUGGCACGUCUUGCGGAAGGAGAACAAGGGUCGGGCAUCUCCGAAACAGGAAGGCCUGGCGGCAAACAUGUGGUAGCAAAGCUGGUGUCUCUGGAGCGAUGCAUGGCCGUUCAUGCGCAACUUACACAAACAAAACUAUCGGACACGGUGGUUGCCAACGCCCUGCUGGAUGUGUAUGCCAAGUGUGGAAGCGUUGCAGACAUGCGCCGUGUUUUCGACAGCAUCAAAUAUCACACCGACGUGUCUUGGAAUUCGCUCAUCCGCGGGUGUGCCGUGAAUGGCGAGGCAGAGCUCGCCCUGGCGCUUUCACGACAAAGAGAUAGUAAGGCGUCCGAUAGUGGGAUCCCCGCGGCAAGGGCGUGCGCGGCACCUCUUUCGGCUUGCUCAAGUGUGGGGGACUCGGUCGCAACAAAGGCCAUACACGCUCGCUUGUGCAGGUACCAUGAUCAUGGCCCUCUCGACGAUGGCGGGAUCCUUGUCACUUGCCUCGUCGAUGCGUAUGCAAAGUGCGGCCGCAUUGCUGACGCACAGCACGUUUUUGACUCGGCUGCCUCCGACAGCAUUGACAUUGCUGGAUGGAAUGCUUUGAUCUCGGGAUACAGCCGCUCAGGACAUGUGAGCGCCGCGUCCGCACUGUUUGAUCUCCUGGAGGAGAGCGGGCGUCCUCACCCAGACAGCGUAACAUUCAUCUGCCUUCUCACUGCGUGCAGCCAUGGUGGAUGCGUGGACAGGGCAAGGCACUACUUGCGAGUGAUGCGUGAUAAGUACGGCGCCUGUGCUGGCAUUGAGCAUUACCACUGCGUGGUUGACAUGCUUGGCCGGGUGAACCAGCUGGAUGCUGCUGUGGAGGUGCUCGAGGCAAUGCCCUUUCAGCCCAAUGCGGUGACUUGGACGCUGCUGCUAGAUGCAUCCUCCAGAUGGAAGUGUGCUGGAGUGGGCCGUGCUGCACUCACAUCGCUAGUUUCAUUGGGAUUAGAUUAUGAGGCUAGCAGCUACGUGCUUUCGGCCAACGUAAACACAGGCUAG